UUCAUGUCAGUAGAAAUGGACAGCAGCAGUUUUAUUCAGUUUGAUGUGCCCGAGUACAGCAGCACCGUCCUGAGCCAGCUAAACGAACUCCGCCUGCAAGGAAAACUAUGUGACAUCAUUGUCCACAUUCAGGGUCAGCCAUUCCGAGCCCACAAAGCCGUCCUCGCGGCCAGCUCCCCCUACUUCCGGGACCAUUCAGCACUAAGUACCAUGAGUGGCUUGUCAAUAUCAGUGAUUAAAAACCCCAAUGUGUUUGAACAGUUGCUUUCAUUUUGUUACACUGGAAGAAUGUCCUUGCAGCUGAAGGAUGUUGUCAGUUUUCUGACAGCAGCUAGCUUUCUUCAGAUGCAGUGUGUCAUUGACAAGUGCACGCAGAUCCUAGAGAGCAUCCAUUCAAAAAUUAGUGUGGGAGGUGUGGACUCGGUGACCGUCGGUGCGGAAGAGACCCCGGAGAGCCGCAACGGAGUGAAAGACAGCAGCUUUUUUGCCAACCCGGUGGAGAUCUCCCCGCCAUACUGCUCUCAGGUACGGCAGCCCACCACAAGCAGCGAUCUGCGGAUGGAGACCACACCCAGCAAAGCUCUGCGCAGCAGCCGUUUACAGGAGGAAGGGCACUCGGACCGAGGGAGCAGUGGGAGCGUCUCCGAGUACGAGAUCCAAAUUGAGGGGGACCAUGAGCAAGGGGACCUGCUGGGGAGGGAGAGCCAGAUCACCGAGGUGAAAGUCAAGAUGGAGAAGUCCGACCGGCCCAGCUGUUCCGACAGCUCGUCCCUGGGAGACGACGGGUACCACACCGAGAUGGUUGAUGGGGAGCAAGUCGUGGCCGUGAACGUGGGUUCCUAUGGUUCUGUGCUCCAGCACGCCUAUUCCUACUGCCAGGCAGCCUCGCAGCCGGCCGGUGGUGUAUCUGAGGCGUUCGGAAGUUUGAGUAACUCCAGCCCCUCCAGAUCGAUGCUGAGCUGUUUCCGAGGAGGACGGGCCCGCCAGAAGCGGGCCCUGUCCGUCCACCUGCACAGUGAUCUGCAGGGCCUGGUGCAGGGUUCCGACAGCGAGGCCGUGGUGAGUAGCCCGGGCUUCGAGAGCAGCCCCCGGGAGAGGAGCGCGCGAGGCCACUGGUACCCGUACAGCGAGAGGUUGAUCUGCAUCUACUGCGGCAAGUCCUUCAACCAGAAGGGAAGUCUUGACAGGCACAUGCGGCUGCACAUGGGAAUCACGCCCUUCGUGUGCAAGUUCUGCGGGAAGAAGUACACGCGGAAGGACCAGUUGGAGUACCACAUCCGGGGCCAUACCGACGACAAGCCGUUCCGCUGUGAGAUCUGCGGGAAGUGCUUCCCUUUCCAAGGCACCCUCAACCAGCACCUGCGGAAAAACCACCCCGGCGUGGCAGAAGUCCGCAGUCGCAUGGAAUCCCCCGAGAGAACAGACGUGUAUGCGGAACAGAAACUAGAAAACGAUGCCUCGGCCUCAGAGAUGGCCCUGGAUUCCCGGAUGGAAAUUCACACGGUGUCCGAUGCUCCUGAUUAA